GCGUCCCCACGGGCAUGGCCCCCGCGCCCGGGACCCGCCACCUGCUCGGCUGCGCGCUGCUGCUCGCGCUGCUGCACCCCGGCGAGCCCCGCGAUGCCCUCCCGGACCCCAGUGUCUUCCUCAUCUUCAGCCAUGGGCUGCAGGGCUGUGUGGAAGCCCAGGGUGCCCAGGUCCGAGUCUCCCCGGACUGCAAUGUCACUCUGCCUGCCCAGCGCUGGAAGUGGGUCUCACGUAACCGGCUCUUCAACCUGGGCACCAUGCAGUGUCUGGGCACCGGCUGGCCGGGUACCAAUGCCACGGGCUCCCCAGGCAUGUAUGAAUGCGACCGUGAGGCCAUGAACCUCCGCUGGCACUGUCGCACGCUGGGGGACCAGCUCUCCCUGCUCCUGGGCGGCCGGGCCAGCAACACGUCCAAGGCUGGCACCCCAGAACGAGGCGACCAGACCCGCAUUGGCCAGUGGCGCAUCUAUGGCAGCGAGGAGGACCUCUGUGCUCGGCCCUACUACGAGAUCUACACCAUCCAGGGCAACUCGCAUGGGAAACCGUGCACCAUCCCCUUCAAAUACGACAACCAGUGGUUCCAUGGCUGCACCAGCACGGGCCGCGAGGACGGGCACCUGUGGUGCGCCACUACCCAGGACUACGGCAAGGAUGAACGUUGGGGCUUCUGUCCCAUCAAGAGUAACGACUGUGAGACCUUCUGGGACAAGGACCAGCUGACUGACAGCUGCUACCAGUUCAAUUUCCAGUCAACGCUGUCGUGGAGGGAAGCGUGGGCCAGCUGUGAGCAGCAGGGUGCCGACCUGUUGAGCAUCACCGAGAUCCACGAGCAGACCUACAUCAAUGGGCUUCUCACGGGCUACAGUUCCACACUUUGGAUGGGCCUGAACGAUCUGGGCACCAGCGGGGCCUGGCAGUGGUCGGAUAACUCGCCCCUCAAGUUCCUCAACUGGGAGAGUGAUCAGCCGGACAACCCAAGUGAGGAGAACUGUGGGGUGAUCCGCACCGAGUCUUCGGGGGGCUGGCAAAACCGUGACUGCAGCAUUGCGCUGCCCUAUGUGUGCAAGAAGAAGCCCAAUGCCACAGCUGAACCUGUCCCCCCUGAUGUGUGGGCCAGCGUCAAGGUGGAAUGCGAGCCCAGCUGGCAGCCCUUCCAGGGCCACUGCUACCGCCUGCAGACCGAGAAACGCAGCUGGCAGGACUCGAAGAAGGCGUGUCUGCGUGGCGGGGGCGACCUGCUCAGCAUCCACAGCCUGGGGGAGCUGGAGUUUAUCAGCAAGCGCAUCAAGCAGGAGGUGGAGGAACUCUGGAUUGGCCUCAAUGACCUGAAGCAGCAGAUGAAUUUUGAGUGGUCCGAUGGGAGCUCUGUGAGUUUCACACACUGGCACCCCUUUGAGCCCAACAACUUCCGGGACAGCUUGGAGGACUGUGUCACCAUCUGGGGGCCGGAGGGCCGCUGGAACGACAGUCCCUGUAACCAGUCCUUGCCAUCCAUCUGCAAGAAGGCUGGCCAGCUGAGCCAGGGUGCUGCUGAGGAAGACCAUGGCUGCCGGGAGGGUUGGACGUGGCACAGCCCAUCCUGUUACUGGCUGGGCGAGGACCAAGUGACGUAUGGCGAGGCCCGGCGGCUGUGCAUGGAGCACGGCUCACAGCUGGUCACCAUCACCAACAGGUUCGAGCAGGCCUUUGUCAGCAGUCUCAUCUACAGCUGGGAUGGGGAGUUCUUUUGGACAGCGCUGCAGGACCUCAACAGCACCGGUGCCUUCCGCUGGCUCAGCGGCGACGAGGUCAUGUACACCCACUGGAACCGGGACCAGCCUGGGUACAGCUGGGGAGGCUGUGUGGCCCUGGCUACUGGCAGUGCCAUGGGGCUGUGGGAGGUGAAGAAUUGUACAGCCUUCCGAGCUCGCUACAUCUGCCGCCAAAGUCUGGGCACGCCUGUGACACCCGAACUACCUGGGCCGGACCCCACACCCAGCCUCACUGGCUCCUGCCCAAGAGGAUGGACUUCAGACCCCAAACUCAGGCACUGCUAUAAGGUGUUCAGUUCUGAGCAGCUGCAGGACAAGAAGAGCUGGGUGCAGGCCCAGGGUGCCUGCAAGGAGCUGGGGGCCCAGCUGCUGAGCCUGGCCAGCUACGAAGAGGAACACUUUGUGGCCAACAUGCUCAAUAAGAUCUUUGGUGAAUCAGAGCCUGAAAUCCACGAGCAGCACUGGUUCUGGAUUGGCCUGAACCGGCGGGACCCUGGAGCAGGACAGAACUGGCACUGGAGUGAUGGACUUGGGUUUUCGUACCACAAUUUUGACCGGAGCCGCCAUGAUGACGACGACAUCCGGGGUUGUGCAGUGCUCGACCUUGCCUCCUUGCAGUGGGUGGCCAUGCAGUGCGACACGCAGCUGGACUGGAUCUGCAAGAUCCCCCGAGGUACUGAUGUGCAGGAGCCUGAUGAUGGCAGUUCACAAGGCCGGAUGGAAUGGCUGCGUUUCCAGGAGGCUGAAUACAAGUUCUUCGAGCACCACUCCACAUGGGUGCAGGCGCAGCUCAUCUGCACGUGGUUUCAGUCCCAUCUGGCCUCGGUGCACAGCCAGGCCGAGCUGGACUUCUUGGCCCACAAUCUACAGAAGUUCUCUAGGGGCCAGGAGCAGCACUGGUGGAUUGGCCUGUACACCUCAGAAACUGAUGGGCGCUUCCGGUGGGCAGAUAAUUCCAUCAUAAACUUCAUCUCCUGGGCGCCAGGCAAACCGCGGCCCCUGGGCAAGGACAGGAAGUGCGUGUACCUGACAGCCAGCCGAGAGGACUGGGGGGACCAGCGGUGUCUGACUGCCCUGCCCUACAUCUGCAAGCGUAGCAACAGUUCCAGAGAAACACCAUCCCCAGACCCGCCCUCCACUGCCCAGGGGGGCUGCCCUGCAGGCUGGGAAAAGUUCCUCAACAAGUGUUUGCGGAUCCAGGGCCAGGACCCCCAGGAUCGAGUGAAAUGGUCUGAGGCCCAGUUCUCCUGUGAACAGCAAGAGGCCCAGCUGGUCACCAUCAACAACCACAUAGAGCAAGCCUUCAUCACUGCCAGACUGCCCAAUGUCACCUUUGACCUCUGGAUCGGCCUCCACGCCUCACAGAGGGACUUCCAGUGGGUCGGGAAGGAGCCGCUGCUUUAUGCCAACUGGGCACCCGGGGAGCCUUCAGGCCCAAGCCCUGCACCCAGUAGGAACAUCCCGACCAGCUGUGCCGUGGUCCUGCACAGCCCCUCAGCCCACCUCACUGGCCGCUGGGAUGCUCGCAGCUGCAUGGAGGAAAAGCAUGGCUUCAUUUGCCAGAAGGACACAGACCCUUCUCUGAGCAGCGCCCCAGCAGCAGAGACCCCGGCCCCAGGCAUGGAGCUCUUCUACCUCAAUGGCACCUUCCGGCUGCUGCAGAAGCCAUUGCGUUGGCAGGACGCCCUGCUGCUGUGUGAGAGCCGGAACUCAAGCCUGGCCCAUGUGCCUGACCCCUAUACCCAGGCCUUCCUCACGCAGGCUGCUCGCGACCUGCGCACCCCACUCUGGAUCGGGCUGUCCAGUGAGGAGGGCUCCCGGCGGUACUCCUGGGUGUCAGAGGCGCCUCUGAGCUACGUGAGUUGGCAGAACAUGGAGCCUCAGCACCCAGGGGGCUGUGCCUACAUGGAUGUGGACGGGUCCUGGCGCACCACCAGCUGUGACAUCAAGUUGCAGGGAGCUGUGUGUGGUGGUAACAGUGGGCCCUCUCCGACCAGAAGGACAAACUACCACGGCAGCUGUCCCCAGGGCCUGGUCGACUCAGCAUGGAUUCCCUUCCGGGAGCACUGUUAUUCCUUUCACCUGGAGAUGCUGCUGGGCCACAAGGAGGCGCUACAGCGCUGCCAGAAAGUGGGUGGUGCGGUCCUGUCCAUCCUGGAUGAGAUGGAGAAUGUGUUUGUCUGGGAGCAUCUGCAGAGCUCAGCUAGCCCAAGUCUGGGUGCCUGGCUGGGCAUGAACUUCAACCCCAAAGGAGGCACCCUGGUGUGGCAGGACAACACCGCCGUGAACUACUCCAACUGGGGGCCCCCUGGCCUGGGCCCCAGCAUGCUGAGCCACAAUAGCUGCUACUGGAUCCAGAGCAGCAGCGGGCUGUGGCGGCCUGGAGCUUGCAGCAACAUCACUAUGGGGGUGGUCUGUAAGCUCCCCCGAGGUGAGCAGUUUAUCUGUCCAUUUUCUGCAGCUGCACUUCCGGAGAACCCUGCAGCCCUGGCAGUGGUGCUGAUAUCUGUGCUGCUGCUUCUGGCUCUGCUGAGCGCUGCCCUGGUCCUCUACCGCCGGCGGCGGGGUGCGGAUCCUGGGACCUUCGAGGGUGCCCGCUACAGCCGUAGCUCCUCGGGCCCUGGCGAGGCCACCGAGAAGAACAUUCUGGUGUCCGACAUGGAAAUGAACGAACAGCAGGAGUAGACCAAGGGCGGCAGGGCAGGAGGAGCUGGGCAGCUGGGCCCGCAACCGCUACCAGUCCAGUGGGCCACUGGAGGAGGGGGGCACCCUAGGAGACACAGUCGGGCUGAGCAGGGACCGAGCUGGGGACCCUCCUGCCCUCUGUGGGCUGGGCCAGGACCUGGCUGAGUGCAGCAAGGCGUUUCCUGUUCGGGGAUCUUAAG